UGUUUGUUUACAUCCGUCAGCUGACCGAGGAAAGAGGUGCGGCGGUGUGGGCGUGAACCUUAUUUUUCUCAGCUUCCCGAGUGUCCAUUGGUGUCAUGUUUGUGUAGUAGGUAAAUGAACGCGUCGACUAUAAGCUAAGGGACAAUUGACCGCCUGUGGUGCCUGCUGGCGUGUACACUCGAGGCUGGAGAUCAAAUCGUUUCUGUCCACCUUCGUCCUCGUGAAGAUCAGCAAUGUCAGCGAAAAAUAAAGUGGAGAAGGAUAAAUUACUAGAAGACAUGGCCAAAGAUUAUGCUCCAUAUUUCCAAGUGGACACAACGGCAGAGAGGGCUCACCUAGACCGUGAGCUUGAGGCCAUGCUGACCCGCCUGGAAGAGUGUGGCAGCCUGCUGGACCGGACUCGGACAGAAAAUCGUCACACUUUGGAUGCACUGGUUCCUCAGAUCUACUCCAACUAUCAGACAUUGCAACGAACCUUCCAGACCAUUGACCAGCUGGAGUUACUUGUGGGCAGAGUGAAGGAGGACCUCACCAAGAUGGAGAAGGCUGUGACUCAGGGAGAGAGAGAUCUGGGCUCAAAUCAGGGCUUCACUACAGUUAUGAAGCCCUUCUUCUUUAUGAGGGAGCACAUUCCAGAGAGAUCUUCAUCACAACUUAAUUUUAACCCUCCAGAAAUUUUUAAAGCCGAGGACUAUUUUGCAGAAGCCACAGAAACUGACUCAUCUCAGCCCUCAAGACCCUAGUGCUUGUGUGUGUAUGUGUCCCAGUUUUGUUAUUUGUUGACUGUGUGUGUGUGUGUGUGUGUGUCUGGAUCUUUAUUGUCUGUUGUAAUGUGCUGAGUGAAUCUAAAAAGAUAUAUUGAAAAGUAGUACGAACUUCCUUCAUACUGAAGGAGAUUAGCUGGUAAAUAGUUAUUUGCUGUUUAUUAUGCUCAAAAUAAUACUCAAUAAUUAUUUCUGACAUCACAUGCAAUAAAGUCCAAAGAGCCUAAUUCCAAGGCUUGAAAACA